CGAGUCCCACUUUGUACUUUCAUUUUACGUGCGUCUAAACAAACACAGGAAAUUUUAAUUACAUUGCAGUUUACAGUUACAGCUGAAGAAAUCAUAAAGUGAGGUGGAAACAUGACCACAUGGUUUAACAGGAUUCAACUGUCUACAGGGGGUACAGCAUAUCUACUUGUGAAUUACAAAAAUGAAGAUACAGAUGAAUUCCUACUGUCUAUUUCUGAUGGCAGCAAAGUCUGGAAAGGAAAAUUUGAUGAAGAUGACAUUGAGAACAUGAGAAAAACUCUAAAAUUGGACUAUGAAUCCUUGCUGAAGAAGACAAAGGAUGCUUUAACCUGUGAAUAUUCCUCUGGCUUGUCAUAUGAGUACAAACUCAACUCACAAAGGACAGAGUUUCAGUGGCAUUAUGCUCCAGAUGAAGACAUUACUUAUAUGCUGGGGAGUUGUGCUGUGAAGCCAGCCCGAGACCCUUCUAAAUCAAUGUGUGAAAUCCUUGAUCACUGCAUAGACAGAAAUCAAGAGAUGAAGGAAAGGCUCUCUGCAGUUCAGACAGACUAUGAUAGGAUCUCCCAAGAAAGGGCUAAUGCUCUCAAGCGAUUAGAAAAAUGUGUUGUUGCAAAAGAAGAGCUAGAGAAGGAGUUAUACUCAAAGUUUGUUGAUGUCCUGAACAGCAAGAAGGAGAAAAUCAGGCAGCUUAAAAGUAACUUUGCUAACGGUGACUCCCUUGCUGGAACAUCACAUACAGAGCAGGAACCAGUCAAAACAGGGGUCAAAAGGGCAAAGAAAAGGUCAGCUCCUGGCGAUGAUGAAGAGAGUGAUCAGGAGAAAAGCGAUGCUGAUACAACAGAUGAAGAAGCAAGUACACCUAGAAAGUCCAAGAAGGCCAUGACAAAGAGUCCACAGAAGGAUGACUCUGUGGUUCUUGAUACCUCAUACGGCAGUCUUGGUACUUCUCUCGUGUCUAGACCAAGAAGAAAUGCAGAGCCUAAUAAACGGAAAACACCAUCAAAACCUGUUCUCCCUAAAGUACCUUCCUCUGAACAGAAGUCAGAGAGACCGGUCAGAAUGAAGAGAGGGGGCACAGCAUCCUCCACCGCAUCAAACCGGUCCUCAGACAACAUUGACCCUGAUGACCUCAUUGACAAUUUUGAAGUUGGAGACAUGACAACCUUUUGUAAUCGGGUUCAGCUCUCUACAGGAGGUACAGCGUAUCUCCUUGUGAAUUACAAAAAUGAAGAUUCGGAUCAAUUUCUUCUGUCUCUUUUUGAUGGCAACAAUGUCUGGAAAGGAAAAUAUAAUGAAGAUGACAUUGAGAACAUAAAGAAGACAAGGGAUGCUUUAACAUGUGAAUAUUCCCCUGACUUGUCAUAUGAGUACAAACUCAACUCGCAAAGGACAGAGUUCCAAUGGCAUUAUGCUCCAAAUGCAGACAUUAGUUAUAUGUUGGGAAGUUGUGCCUUGAAGCCAGCAAGUGAUCCUUUUAAAUCUUUAUGUGAAAUCCUCGAUCACUGUAUAGACAGAAAUAAAGAAAUGAAAGAGAGACUAUCAGCAGUUCAAACAGACUAUGACAGAAUAUCCCAAGAAAGGGCUAAUGUUCUUAAGAAAUUAGAAAAAUGUUCUGUUGCUAAGGAAGAACUAGAGAAAGAGCUGUGCACUAAGUGUUUUGAUGUCCUAAACAGUAACAAGGAGAAAAAUGGACAGAUCAACAAUGCAAACGGUGUUUUGCUUGCUGGACCAUCACAUGCAGAAGAGGACCCAAUCAAAACAGGGGUCAAAAGAGCAAAGAAAAGGUCAGCACCUAGUGAUGAUGAAGAGAGGGGUCAAGGGAAAAGUGAUGCAGAUGCAACUCACAAGAAAAAGAGUACACCUAGAAAGUCCAAGAAGGCCAUGACAAAGAGUCCACAGAAGGAUGACUCUGUGGUUCUUGAUACCUCGGACGGCAGUAUCGUGACUUCUCUGGUGUCUAGAAGAAAUGCUGAGGCUAAUAAGCAAAAAAUUCCAUCCAAACCUGUUUUUCCCAAAGUGACACCCUCGAAACAAAAACAAAGAAAUGCAUACGAUUCGAACUUCAAGCUGGAAGUCUUAAGCUUUGCAGAAAAACACACAAAUGCAGAGACAAUGAGAUAUUUUGGUAUCAACGAGAAGCUGAUCAGAGACUGGAAAAAGGCUAAGGCAAAGCUUAAAGCUUUGGAGAAACCUGUUAAGAAGAUAAGAUUCAACAGUUCGCCUGUAGAAGAGAUCGAGAAAGAACUUAUAGCAUGGGUCACUAAUUCGAUCGAUCAGGGUCAUAUCAUAAACCGGGGAGCCAUACGUCUCAAAGCUCUAGAAUAUGCCACAAAAGACAACACCCUUGCCUCACAGGACUUCAAAGCAUCUGCUGGAUGGUGUACAAGGUUUAUGAAACGCCAUGGUCUUUGCUUUCAAAACACCAAGAGGGAGUCAGAGCAAUCGGCCAGUUCUAAGAAAAGGCGCACAACAUCCACCAGUAGUUUUGCACCAGACCAGUUCCCGGACAACAUUGAUCUAGAAGACCUCAUUGAUAAUUUAUGAUGUUCUUGACCUUUGGGUCAGUAUCUCGGAUAUCCAUGAGGCCACCUAGCAACUAGCAAAAAUCUAGUGACUUUUAUGCCACCUUGAGAAUACUUUAGUACUGGAUGAAGUGGGUCCAAAUAUGAUGAAGGCAUACAUCCAUCUGAAAAAAAGUGACCUCAUUGACAAUUUACGAUGCCCUUGACUUUUGGGUGAGUGUACCUAUGGUGUCAUUCAGCGGUUUUUACAUGUAUGCCACAGUGAGUCUGUUAAAGAGAGGAGCACUCCAUAUCAAUCUAUUGAUUGAUGCAUAGAACAUGCUGUAACUGUUUACUUUUUAAUUUUAUAUUAAUUGUUGUUUAAAGAUGAAUCAGUUUUGAUAAAUGGCAACAUAUCAGAUCCAUGCCACAUAAGGUAUUCCAUUGCCUUGAAUUAAUGUGACAAUAACAAAUAGCAACCGAUGCGGAUAUUUUAGAAUUCAUUCAUUUAGAAAAAUAUAUAAUGUCAUUUAAAGUUCAUUUGCUCUUUUUUAUUCCUGAAUUUAAUUGACAUUUCACAGAAGAUUAAUCAAAACCAUUUUUUGUACUUUGUUAAAAUUUUAUGAUGGCUGAUGGAAGCGCUUUUAUCAAUAAAGACAUGUGAUGUGUUGAAACUAGAUAAACCCAA